CUCAACAGUGGGUACGAUUUUGGCUAUCUACUGAAGCUCUUGACAGACCAGAACCUGCCCUGUGAAGAGAGUGAAUUCUUUGAGCUUUUAAGACUCUACUUCCCAUCAAUAUACGAUGUUAAGUACCUGAUGAAGUCCUGUAAAAAUCUCAAGGGAGGCCUGCAGGAGGUGGCUGAGCAGUUAGAGCUGGAGCGUGUGGGGCCACAGCAUCAGGCGGGUUCAGAUUCUCUUCUCACAGGUGCUGCGUUUUUCAAGAUGAAAGAGAUGUUCUUCGAGGACAAGAUUGACGAUGCAAAAUACUGUGGCCACUUGUACGGCUUAGGAACAUCUUUUGUUGUUAAUGGAAACUCCAACACCUCCUAUGACAAUGGACACACCUCGGACUCCACCUCGAAUUCAUAGUGCAAGGUCGCAGUGCCAUCACUGGCGCAAGUGCCAUGUACACAGACCAACACAGACCAAUAACGUCCCACGGAAGAACUUUUGCCCCUUUUUUUUUUUAAAGUUGAGAUAUGUUUUUCAAUCUUCCUUGUGACUAAACCAGCAGAUCAAGUGAAGAAUAAGAAAAAAAUUCAUUGUCGGACGGAUAAGUGCUUGCCGACUUCCUCUUGAACGCACUGCCCCAUCUGCAGCAUCUCUGUGCAGGGAUGUGAUGCUAUUGGUGUUGCCUUUAUGCACCAUCUUUUUCUUUUCCUUUUAUCUUUUCCUCUAUCUGUCCUUUGUCGUCUUUCAUUUUUUCCUCAACCGUUUCUGCUUGGUCUUCCUCUUUCCAUCUCCACUCCUCUCAUUUAUUCUUUACUGGUAUCCUCACAUUUUUAUACAUGUGUAAAAAAAUGUUGUUGAAUAUAACAGAUCCAUACACUGGUAUAUAAUUUGUGAAUUUGAUAACACAACUUGAUAAUUUAUAUUGAGACACAAGUCAAA